UCAGCGCCGUGUGACGCGAGAAUUAUUCAAGUGGGGUUAAGAUACGACUUUUCGGUCCAAUUUCCAAUCAAUCCCGAGAGAGUUUCUCAGAGUUUUUGCCCCGACCCGCUUGUCUCGAUUGGAUUUUCUUUGUAUUUCUCCACCUCCGAAUCUAUUAAUUUUAUUUCAUGGGACAAUUUAAUUAUCGCGACACAAUUUAUCGAGGAUCGUGUACCGUCGAUUAAACAUAUAUCUGUUUAUCGUUUAUCCGUCGAACAGCGUGUGACAUUUAUAUUCUUACCAUGAAAUCAAAAGAAGUGAUGUAAACUUAAGUGAUGAUUAUUAAUAUUUUAUGAAGCGCACAUUAUUUAAUCGCGCAUUGUCGUCACGCUGUCAGGUUAAGUUAGGUUAGACGACAAAUUGGGUAGAUUACCUGUUCAAUGUAAAAUGUGAUUUUUUUUUAAUGAUACACAUAUAUAUUUUAUAUAAGUACGCCCCGAUAUCUGAAUAAUUGUACAAUAAGAAAUUUAAUAAUAGAACAUCGAAGCCAGUGGACACGCUGAUCGAUUGUCCAGGUCAGUUCCGACUGCGAGCUCCCCCUUCCCCUUCAUCUAUCCCUUUUGGAUGUAGAACAGCUGGAUGAUCGCGCUUACUCACCUCACAAUCUUUUCAUUAAUUCCGAAUACAUAUAUAACCUCCGAAUCGUCAUAUCAGCUGAUGGUACUCGGCUUUCUUCGCUAUACGUAAUUGUAAAUUCGGAAAUAUAUACAAAACGUGCGGGAUCGCGUCCGGAUUUUAUCCUUUCGUCUCGACGCGUGCGUCUCUCGGGGGGAUUCUCGAGACGGCCCGUCGGAGCGUCCCGUUCGAGAAGAGAGAGAGAAAGAGAGCGGCCGCAGUUCCAGAGCGCCGCCGGUAGGUUGGCAGCUAUCAGUCGCGCAUCCGCAACCGAUACUGCACGCCGUUCGCGGCGCGCGGGGUCUCUGCGCGUCUAGUCUAGCGGGGUCAAGCCAGUUGGCAACAGACCAUCGAGCGGGUCGCGUGCGCGAGUCCGUGGCCGCGUUCUCUGUUCUUCUUCCCCUUCCGCCGCCCCCGUGCGUUCCGUCUCUCCGUGCGCGUUUCUCGUCUGGCGUUUCGUUUCGCGUCGCACAGCGGCUCGUUCGAGUAGCGCGUCCCUCUUCACGUCGACGAGGAGGAGGAGGAGGAGGAGGAGAUCGGCUGUCGUCGUCGUUGUCAUCAUCCGCGCGACGCUGCGCCGACGGUCGGCUGCCAUGGGGCCCGUCGACGGGAUUAUUUGACCCACGGGAACGACUCCAGGCUCGUCGGUGGGAUCGUGAGCAGACUCGCGUGAGCGCUACGAAUCGGUAUGCACUGCCUAGGCGCAGUGACGGGAGGAGGCACCUCCAGCCCGAAUGGGGCUGGCGGUCGGGGUGGUAUUCUUAGUGUGUUUCGAGCCCUUGGAGUCCUUGUGUGCGAAGGGAGAAUCCAGGGCCCUCCGCGUGGCUACAAAGAGGGCCCACACUGCGCACCGCCUAUGCAGGCGGUACCGAACGACCACGUGUGCGAGGAGAACAACUAUCUGUGCAAUCGAUAUCGAGUACUAAUUCAAGACAUCACGGAACGCCUCGCUAUUGGAUCGUACCUGUGCGUGGAGGUGCUUUUGUGCAGCGAUUGUCCGUGUGGUUUGACAAAGUCCACCUGCAAAUAUCCCGUAUACCCCGUGCCGUCCUUACCCAUUUCACCAUGGCAGAAAUGCUCUUCGGAGAUGUUACUGGAGUACUGGUGUAUCUGCGUUGUCCCGAGCAAGAGUCAAGAGCCAAUGAAUUUCCAAGGAUUAUACCAAGCAGUGCGUUCGCGGUUACACUUCAGCCAGGUUGCAGCGUGGUGGUCACGCAGCAACGGCGCGGAGCCGAGCUACAUAGCCACCCGGAUCGUAUCGCACAAUGAGGAUAAUCUCAGCAAGUUCCGAGAGACGUCGGUGGAGCAUACCUUUCCUCUGGCUGGUAAUGGCGACGGAAAUUCCAUCAAGGUGACGAUGUGGGCACUGCCGCGGAUGGAGGAGGUGCCCAUACUCACGUGCUCGUUGCACCCGAAAAAGGAAAAAGACGAGGAGGAUAUCGCGAGGGCGUUAACGCCCACCAAAAGUACGCCGAUGGGAUCUGGCAGCGGUCAAAAUCCAGAGGGUCUCGUCUUACCUGUUCUCGUGGACGACAGACUGCAAACCACUUGUAACAAAUCUGGCAAGCAUGACUGUCGUUGCGAAGAAGAGGACGCGUCCCCUUUGUCGCCUACCAUCAGAUCUAAUGGCGAACGGAAGCGUCGUCGAUCGCUUCCCUGUGGUCCGGCGGAGAGUCCUUGCGUGAUCUCGCAACCGGCACCGUUGCCGUCCGUUCAAGAAUACGCCCCGCAGGAGAUAAGGGACAACACCAGCUCGAGUUUAAUGAGAGGCUCCGCCGAGAUGGCAAACAACAAUCGUAGCGUCAUGAGGACUCUCCAGAAUAAAUUAGAGAAUAAGAACGAGGUGAGGACACAUAACAAUCGGAAUUCGGAUCUCGAACGUUGCUUCAAGAUACAUCUGAAGAUCGAGGAACUCGAAGGCAAUUUGGAGAAACGUUGCAAGCACACGAUGACAGAAGUUGCGGAGAUGACCAACUCAAAGAACGUCGAUCGGAUCGAAGAAGGCUACAACAGUCCCGCUAAGAACUCGGCUAAUUUUGGAAGAGAACCCGGUGCCUCUUCGGAUAUCAUAUCCGCGGCAAAGAGUGGUGGGAUAUUGCACAAUCUUAGUCCUUUCACACCCACGAGUUGGUCCUUCGUCUCCUCUUGGCAGAAUAGCAAUAUGAAUAGUAAGUUUCAAAGCUUUCGCGGUGCAAAGGAGGCUCGUUUUAACGAUUCCGAAAAAAAUUACAAGCCGCCGGCCGUCACAUCCAAUCAUGCUCCGAUCAAUCCCUACGCUCAGCCCAAUCCCUUCCACGAAUCAAAUCCCGGACCUUCGACGUUCGAUAAAUGGGCACAAAAAAUGAUGGACAAUUCCGCUUGUAUCGUACAUCAGAGUUAUCCGAAAAAUGUUCACAAGAUUGUCGCAGAAGCGCAAGUAUCGGCCGGCCAAGACGCAUUGGAGAUUAACAAGGAAGAUAGUAUCAAGAGCGGUCAGAGAAAAACUGGGAAGCCGGACUUGAAUCAUUUAAUGUGGAAAUUGUCGGUUCCGGACGAGAAGGAGAAGCGGGAAGAAGGAGGAUUACUGGACUGGUUCAGCAAAGUACCUGGAAGAGUUUUAGGCGUCGCGGCGACGAAGGGCUACGUUGACGUCAACAAAAUGAAGAACGAGAACAGCCUGAAACAGCCGGAACAAAGCACCAACGAGAUCAAGUUCAAGAAUUGCAAUCUCGAAUUGAGUCAGCGGGAGGUCGACGAAGUGUUAGCGGUACUGCGUGCGAGGACACCGUCGGGACGUAGAAGGGCCACCGUUAAGAAUGUGAGGAAACGCGGAGAGCGAUCCGAAAGAGGCAGCGACGACGCGGCAGAGAAGAUUACAGCAAGAUGCACGAGUUGGGAGGAGGGGAUAGUUCGGAGUAAUUCGACAAGUCGCCACGUUGGAACGGUUCGAUUUCGUACACUUAAAUCUUGCGAGGAUUGCAGCCGUGGGUUGUGCAAAAAGAUAGAUCAUCAGGUACCGGAGGAACAGCCAAGCCCUCUGGAUCGGGUCUACUACGACAAGAAUGUUUAUCGGCCCGCGCGCUCGAAACUCGCCGAAAGCGCUAACAAGUUAAACGAGGAUCCGCAGGCGAAAACACAUGCGAGCGAGGACGCGGAUCGUUUGCGGAAUGUUUCAACUAAAGCUGACGUGCUGCUCGGAGCUAUUCUGCGGACCAGCAAGGACCGUAAGGAUCUGUCAGAUAUUUCAUCAAACGGGACCAGACCGAGGUCGACGACUAGUAUUGACGAUGACAGUAGCGAAGAGGAUUCUCACUUUUCGAGCACUGAGAAGCUCGACCAGCAGGACCACAGAACAAUCUCGUCCGGCGACGAGAAAUCUUUGCCGCUGAAUAAGAGAUUCCAUCGGCUCCGGCAGAUGUUUAAGAAAGAAGUGGACAAGAGGAUCGCUUUGAUAGGGGAGGAGAGUUCCUCCUCGCCGGAGACUACUUCGCCGAGUCCUACGCUGCCGCAGCGCUUCAACGCGGCGUCGUUUCGCUACAACAACGAACAACCGAAUCUGCAUAGCGCGAGGUACAGCAAGACGAAACGGCGAAUCGAUUUCGCGAACUUCCCGGUGGCCACCGAGGAGAAGGAGGAUGCUGCGACGUUCAGUACAAAAGACGCACAUCAAAAGCCACGCAAUACGCAUAGUACAAAUAAUAAUGAUCGCGAAUGCGACACCGAGGGCCUAAACAACCAGCAGAAUCAUUGCGAGAGGCUGCUACUCGAAGAUAAGGAGGAACCUCUCGAGAGUAAAGAGCAAGACGAGAACGCGAAGGACAUAGCUGCCCUUCAGAAGAACAAUUUGAUCACUCCGACUAAUCCGCAGAGCGGACAUUCGUCUUCCAAGCUACGAAGCAACAAUUACAAGGACAGUAUCUCGGAGACGGGAGACGACGAAGCGGUCGACAAGAGCGUGCCGUCUGCGCUCGAGCAGGAGAGAUUCCGCAGAUCCCUGGAGAACGCGGCGUCGAUGGUAUUCCAUAGCAGGACUGGCUUGCCGUUGACCUCUAGUCCAGCGCCAUUGAGGAGGGGCAGCUGUUGCUUCGAUUAUGACAGCAGCUUGAAUUCCGUCUCCUCUAAGAGAAACGCGUUAUUCGAAUUAAAUACACCACCGAGUCCGGGCGCAGUCUCGCUGGAAGAAACCGAUCGCGAUGCGGAAAUCAUCGGUGAAGGCGAAGAGACACCUAAAAGGCGCUCAAGCUCCCGCCACCGACCACAGAGUCAUGCUCUUCUAGGCAGCUUCGAGGAAUCGGCGUUGAACGGUAGACUCGAACCGGUGUCCACGGUUCACGGUUUCACAGCGGAACUCGGGGCCAGCGGUUCCUUCUGCCCGAAACAUCAGAAGCUUCCAGUCACUGUGUUUUUCUACACGCUCGGUGACAACGAUAAAGUCUCCACACCAUACCUUGCUCAUAUUAAUCUCGAGAAAAAGGGCUAUCAGGUACCGAGAAGUGGCACCGUUCAAGUGACUCUUCUGAAUCCGUUGGGUACAGUCGUUAAGAUGUUCGUAGUAUUGUACGACCUUACCGAUAUGCCGCCGCGAUCUCAUACUUUUUUACGUCAAAGAACACUGCGGGACAAAACACUACGCUACCUCGUUCACCUUAGAUUUAUGUCCAGCAAGUCAGGUCGAAUUUACCUGCAUACGGACAUCCGUAUGAUCAUCUGUCGGAAGUCGGAUGUAGACACGGCGUCGGACUUGGGCUCGGAAUCGCCGAAAGAACUCAGGAGUUACAUCCACGGUCCUACAAAUCCGAAAUUUUCGCCAAGGUGCUGAGCCACGUGGUACUUUCCAUGGGGCUGCUGCCAAUCGUUCCGCCCGCCCAGUCCCUUUCAAGUCGAACUGUGAUCGACAAAUGAUCGAAUAAGAUCAAAUUAGAAAUCAAUUUUUGUUCUUUUAACCCUUUGCGGUUGACGAUAUGGACAAUUUCUUAACGCUAAGCAUAAAAAAAAGAAAAACAAUUUAGAUGUUGUAAUUUAUUAUAAUUUGUCACCGGCAGUAGUGGAUAUAAGUUAAUUAUGUUAAUUAUAAUAAUAUUAAGAUGAUAAACGUAGUUCGCAAGAUUAUCGCGGUACAUUAUUUCUUUCUAAAUUAUUUUAGAUCGCAAAGGGUUAAAAGAGAUGGAGAAUCGGAAAAAGUGCGAGAAUACAAUGAGGAAUUUGUAAGAUUACGAUGGAUUUAUAACCGCUUAUGUUGGAAUAAUUUAUAUUCGCAAUGUAUUUUUUUUUCUUUUUUUUCUUUUGCAAAAUUAUUCAGACCCCUUUUGCGCCGCCCGGCACAGAAUUAACUCUUGCAUAUUGACAAUUCCAACAUAAAUGGUUUGUAAAAUUGACUCGAAUAUUGCGAUUACACUCCCGGUCUCAUUUCGAUCCGUGGUUCGUGCUUGCAGUAUAGAAUGCUGCAUAUAAAUACAAUAGGAUAAGUUUCGCGCAGUUUUUCGUUAUAAAUUUGUUUCUAUAUAGUAAUAAUAGCGAUAUAUAUAUAUUUAUAUAUAUAUACUAUAUUUAUAUAAUUCGAAAAUUUUAUUGAAUUAAAUCGAUUAGUCUUUCUAUUUUCGAUCUAGCGUCUAAUAAUCAUGAAAAUGAAAACUCAAUCGACUCGAAACUUACAACACUAGGAAUUUACUUGGAAAUUUUUCUUUGUCCUGUGCAUCUAUUGUAAUUAUUGCUAUAGUGCAUACCGGCAAUCAUUUAAUUUACGGAGUUUAUCGCAAGCUGGACGAUCUCGUUGAGAGGCCAUUUUUCUCAACUUAUUGCUGUAAAUAUAGUCACGCGUAGAGAGUAAGUUGAGUAAAGAGUUUUUAAGCAGGAUGAUAUAUAUAUAUACUGCCAUUGUGUGUGUGUAGCACUCUACGUUUAAACGAAAAAAAAAAGUGAUAUGAGCGUGGAAAAACGUCGACGAAUUCGGUCUCGCGUUCCCGGAUAUGGAGGAUAAAAUCGAGAAAGAUCAAAACGUGUGAUUGAAUGGUAUGUGCAAUGAAAGAGUACAAAGUUAUUCAUGCGUAUACUUCGUGUUUUCGCGCGGUGAAUCAUUGUAAUUUCUGACGUGGAGAAAGAAAGGCCCGAGAAAAAGAAGAUCAAAAUUCUCUUUUCCCGGAAAAAACAAAAACGAAAUGUGAUUUUUGUGAUUUGCGUGAUUGUGAUUGCUUUGUUUUCUUUUUUUUCCUUGCGAUUCGACGAAACGCGAGAAUGAACGCGAGCGACCGGAACUCGUGGGUUUUUCCCGGGAGUAAAAAAAAAAAUAAUUAUUUACACGUAUAUAUGUAUAUAUACAUAAACCAGAACACAAUCUUUGUGUCCGUAGCACUGUGAUGAAUAUUUUGAUAGACUAUAAAAAAAAAAAAGAGUAAUUAUUAUUAUUACAGAAUAACUAUUUCUGGAUAGCAAACACGUCAUAGAUUUAAUCGAUUCAACUAAUACGUCGUGCGAAGAAAUAUAACCGUGCGUAAUUUACUAAUUAGCCGCAAGAUUGAGACAUAUGCCCGUUUUAAAGCAAACGAACGUGAUGCAAUUCGCGUUUUCCUUUAUUUUUCUAAAGAUGCUCCACGUAAAUCGUGCGGGAGAAUUACGCGAAUGAUCGGGAGAGCCUUAUCUCUGAUAUAUAUCUUUCACCAGCGAGUAUCUUAUCUUUAUGGUUUACAAAGAUGCUCAUGACGGCGCGACUCGUCACUUCUUUCUGUCUUUUUUUUUUUUCUUUAUGAAGCAAUUAAAAUUAAUUUCUUCGCGAAGGAAGAAUACAAUAUGCCAGCAAACACAAUCCUUUUUAAUUAUGUAUCAAAUAUAUCAGGGGUGGAAUCUAGAAUAAGAUAAAAAGAAAAUUUGUCAUAAGCUCACAACGUAAGCUUUCAAUGAAAUAUGAUAAUAUAUAUAUAUUAUUAAUAUAUAUCAUCUUUCUUGUAAUGUUGAUAAUUUAAAUACAGUAAUUUCUUGCGAUUUAUAAAAAUUGCAACAUUUAAAAUCUUCAUAGAAUUGUUCAUCUUUUACUUUAUACUCGCAAAGGAUGAAGGAAGUCAUGAAGUCCACGUCAUGAGUUUGCUGUGUCGAAUGUUCGGUGAAUGUUUUUAGUUAAUUUUAAUCAAAUCGAAUUUCGCACGAAAUUGAAGUGUGUCGAAAGUGAGAGAACAAGGCUUCAUUAUCGUCCGCGUCUUUCUUACCGUCAAUUAGAGGAAAAGGCAGCUUUCACUCCUCGAAAUAUAAAUUAACUUUGUAGGAUAUCGCGAUAUAUAAACGAAGUCGCUGUACGUAUAAAGAGAGAGAUUAUUUUUAAUUGUUAUUUUCUAGCGGAGCAAUUGGAUAAUCGUAUAUACGCAUAUAGCAAUCAAAAGCAUAAUAACUGCACAUUUAAUUUCGGUUAAAAGAGAGAGAAUUAUUUCAAUAUUCCCUUCUUAACUGAUUUUAUAUUUAUUUUGUCUCGUCCUUUUUUUUUUAGAGGAAUGAAUACUUUCCUUACAAACGAUUUUAAUCAAACAAAUUCCUUCACAAUUAUUUUUCUUUUCAGUUUCCAAAACCUUUUACGAACAUGUGUUCGAUAUUUUUACAUGUCCUCUAUUUUAAAAAUUUUAUCAAUUUCUUUUUUCUUUGAGGAACUUUUUACAAUCGAAAUUUCGAUUUUUUUUUUUCAUAGCAAACGUCGUGAUAUUAUGUAAUUUGCGCGCUUACGUUCGUAAAAUCAGCAACAAAAGAAGGAAAUAAAUCUUGAUUUUAGAAUGAUUUUCGAUUAUAUAAUGAAUCACGAAUUUGCAGCAGUCGAAUUAUUUUUCCUAAUACACAUAAUUCUUUUAUCGAGACCGAAACGUCGUAUAUUAUUAAUCCGAUAGGCCGGUGAACAUAAAAUUUGUGCACUUUCUCGCACUCCGUCAGGUCGAUUAGCUAGAUGCGCGUGUUUUAAACGGAGAUACAUUGUACAGAACGCUACAGGGCGAGAGCAAUAUCGCGCGCCUCUUGUUUAACGAGAACGACUGUAACCGUUGUUAAAAUACAUUUUGUCGAUGUUUUCUUUUUGAGAAAUAAAGUAGAGUGUCGAGACGAUAAAA